CUUCCUCGUACACAAAAAAUGAAAAAUAAAAAUACAAGACAAAUGGCUAUAUAAUUUUUCUCGUCUCUCUUUUGUUUCUCUCCCACCUUUACUGGGACUGAUUUCUCUGUUCUCUUCUGGUUAUAUCAUUCCCAUUAACAAAGCACAGUUGGUAAAGAUCCUGUAAGGAAAUCUAGAGAGGCAUCCGCUUGCGCUGUUCCUCUAUUCGUUUCUCUUGUUUUCAUUCCAGUGGAAAGCGACAGGAGAAGGGUUUAUAAAGUUAAGAUUUGUGUUCGUGUUCGCUGCUGGUUGAAAGUUGAAAUGCUGACAAACCAGCGAUUUUUCCGGGUGUUGGAGCCGAUCGGAAAAUCGCUGGUGGUUUGAUGGAAGAGCUGGUGAGAGGGUUCCAUUUGACUCACGCGGCAUUUGAUGGAGGUGAAAGUCUCGACCCGAUGUAUGGUUUCUCCGCAAUCUGGGUUUCGAAGUUCGAUUCUAUUUGCAGCCCUUGUUUUCGAGAUUGUAUUUAUCCUAGUCUCGAUUGAAGCUGCUAAUGGCAUGCCCCAAGGAAAUCAGAUGCAAAGACAAGGCCUUGACCUUGAAAAGGGGAGUAAGGACAUCCUCUCGCAUUCCUGCAUUCAUGAUCAGCUACUUGAACAGAGGAGGCGGCCCGGUCGCAAGGAGUAUUCUGUAACCCCACAAGUCUACAAGGAGUCUGGUCUGAGUGGUCUCUCAAGACCCCUUCAUCGCAAGGGAAGGGCAUUACUUGGAAUUUCCCCCUUGUCAGAGUCACAAAAGGAUGCUAGACAACCUAUCAGAAUAUAUCUGAAUUAUGAUGCUGUUGGCCAUUCGCCUGAUAGAGAUUGUCGAAAUGUUGGUGACAUUGUGAAGCUUGGAGAGCCUCCUGUGACUUCUCUUACAAAUACACCUGCUUGCAAUCCUCAUGGAGAUCCUCCUAUUUUUGGUGACUGCUGGUAUAACUGCACUUUGGAUGAUAUUACUGGGGAGGACAAGAGGCAUCGCCUUCGUAAGGCCCUAGGGCAGACAGCCGACUGGUUUAGAAGAGCCUUAGCUGUUGAGCCUGUGAAAGGGAACUUGCGGUUAAGUGGAUAUUCUGCAUGUGGACAGGAUGGUGGUGUACAGCUUCCACGUGAAUAUGUAGAAGAGGGUGUUGCUGAUUCAGACUUAGUUCUUUUGGUCACCACAAGGCCUACUACAGGAAAUACUCUUGCAUGGGCAGUGGCAUGUGAACGUGAUCAGUGGGGUCGUGCAAUUGCUGGGCACGUGAAUGUUGCUCCACGGCAUUUGACAGCUGAAGCAGAAACAUUACUUUCAGCUACUCUUAUUCAUGAGGUCAUGCAUGUUCUUGGUUUUGAUCCACAUGCCUUCGCACAUUUUCGGGAUGAGAGGAAAAGAAGGCGUAAUCAGGUUACUGUACAAGUUAUGGAUGAGAAGCUUGGGCGGAUGGUGACUCGUGUGGUUCUUCCACGUGUUAUCAUGCAUGCACGAUAUCAUUAUGGGGCCUUCUCUGACAACUUUACUGGUUUAGAGCUAGAAGAUGGGGGAGGACGUGGAACCUCAGGAUCCCACUGGGAGAAGAGGCUUCUGAUGAAUGAGAUUAUGACAGGAUCAGUGGAUACAAGAUCAGUUGUUUCAAAAAUGACGUUGGCUUUAUUAGAGGAUAGUGGAUGGUAUAGGGCUAAUUAUAGUAUGGCAGACCGUCUGGAUUGGGGACACAAUCAAGGGACAGAAUUUGUUACUUCUCCUUGCAAUCUUUGGAAGGGGGCAUAUCAUUGCAAUACAACACAGUUAUCAGGCUGCACAUAUAACAGGGAGGCAGAAGGGUAUUGCCCAAUUGUCAGUUAUAGCAGGGACCUCCCCCAAUGGGCCCGCUACUUCCCACAGUCAAAUAAAGGUGGGCAAUCAUCACUGGCUGAUUAUUGCACGUAUUUUGUAGCUUAUUCUGAUGGGUCAUGUACAGACACAAGCAGUGCACGUGCACCUGAUAGAAUGCUGGGUGAAUUGCGGGGGAGUAGCUCCCGGUGUAUGGCUUCAUCUUUAGUGCGUACUGGAUUUGUCCGAGGGUCCAUGACCCAGGGAAAUGGCUGUUAUCAACAUCGAUGUGUAAACAACUCUUUAGAGGUUGCUGUUGAUGGUAUGUGGAGAGUAUGUCCAGAGGCUGGUGGACCAAUUCAGUUUCCGGGAUUCAAUGGGGAGCUUAUAUGUCCAGCUUAUCAUGAACUAUGUAACACCAUAUCAGCACCCAUCCCUGGGCAAUGUCCCAGUUCAUGUAAUUUCAAUGGAGAUUGUAUUGAGGGAAAGUGCCACUGCUUUUUAGGGUUCCAUGGUCAUGACUGCAGUAAACGAUCCUGUCCAGGUAAUUGCAAUGGACAUGGUAAAUGUCUUCCUGAUGGAGUAUGCAAGUGUGAAAAUGGGCGUACAGGCAUUGACUGUUCAACAGCUGUGUGCGAUGAACAAUGCAGUCUACAUGGUGGGGUCUGUGAUAAUGGAGUCUGUGAAUUCCGUUGCUCUGACUAUGCAGGAUAUACAUGCCAGAACAGUUCCAUGCUCCUUCCGAGUCUGUCAGUUUGUAGAGAUGUUCUGGCAAGUGAUGCAAUUGGGCAACACUGUGCACCUAGUGAACCAAGCAUAUUGCAGCAGCUAGAAGCAGCUGUUGUCAUGCCUAAUUAUAACCGGUUGAUUCCCGGGAGUCGAACAUUGUUUAAUAUUCUUGACAAUGGUUAUUGUGCAGCAGCCGCAAAGCGGCUAGCCUGCUGGAUCUCAAUACAGAAGUGUGACAAAGAUGGCGACAAUAGGUUAAGGGUGUGCCAUUCUGCGUGCCGAUCAUACAAUGCAGCUUGUGGAGCAUGUCUUGAUUGCUCGGACCAGACCCUCUUCAGCACCGAGGAGGAAGGUGAGGGGCAAUGCACAGGCUUUGGUGAGAUGCGACCAUGGUGGCUAAGACGUUUCCGGAGCUUCUAUUCCUAGUAAAAAUAGCAUGUAGGGAGUAGUUGUAAAAUAUGGGCCUGUAUAUUUUUUAGCUGUCCCUGUUUUUUUCUUUUUCUUUUUUGUAAUUUUCUCAAGGGUUUAAAUUGUAGCAAAGAUAGCACGUGUAGUGCGAUCAUCACAUGUAGGUUUUCCUUGCGCACCCAGCUGAAGGAUUGGGUGCCAUGUUCUCCUAUCUUGGGCUUCCAAAGAUGGAAAGCCUAGAAGUGGAGAAAUUUGAAUGUAGAAAAAGAAAGGGGGAAAAAAAGAAGCAAAGAGCUUUUUUGUACGAGAUUAGCUAACAAAGAAAUUGCACCAAGGCAUUCGAAGGAUGUGCCUUGGUUAUUUCCUUCGUCU